GAAGUACAGGCUGCGGUGCGUGAGGCGGUGCUUGUGGUCAGAGAGCAGAUAGAAGUGAUAGAACCUCAUGUCUUCCAGAGUGGAGGGAAGCUGGGCCCUGAUUCACCCGCCUACCACUACUAUACUCUAAUGGCCGGGACGGAGCGGACAAGAACUAUCGCCGCUGUGGCUCUUAUCUCUCAGACGGCCACCCACAUCCUCGCUGUCAGACACAAUCUCACAGUCGGGCAAGUGUCACUGGUCUUGCCCCAACACGACACCAUGAAGACUGUACUGGCCGACUCUUGCCCUACCCCGUUACCACCGUCCUCCUGCCCGCCUUCACGCUACAGGACUAUAGAUGGCACGUGUAAUAACCCCGACCAGCCAAGAUGGGGCGCUGUCAACACUCCUUAUUUAAGAUUGCUUCCUGCCUGGUAUGCUGACGGCGUAUCCUCCCCCCGCGUGUCUUUGGCCGGACGAGCACUGCCUCCAGCCUCUCUUGUUUCUCAAGCCGCCCACGCUGGUCAUAUCCACACUCACGCCCACGUGUCUCUCCUGGCCUCUGUGUGGGGUCAAUACCUCGCCCAUGACCUCUCCCGACCUCUGGUAGCUGAAGGAGUGAGAGGGGAAAAGGUGAAGUGUUGUGGACUGACGGAGAAACACCCUGAAUGUUUCCCAAUAGUGGACGGUGAACUGUGUUGGGAGUACGCUAGGACUGCCCCUGCUACCACCACUGACUGUGCUCUGGGAGUUCGGGAACAACUGAACGGCGCCACGUCGUUCCUGGAUGGGUCGGGAUUGUAUGGGUCAACUAAAAGAGAAUCGGACUCAUUACGGCUCUUUGAGAAUGGUCACCUGAAGACCCAAGCCGACUGGUUGCUGCCACGAGCUACCUCACACACCUGCAAAGACGCCAUGAUGUGUUUCAUGGGGGGUGAUCUACGUCUCAACACACACGCUGGCCUGGCUGCUCUACAGACUCUGCUGGUCCAUGAACACAACAGAGUAGCGUCCGUCCUCUCUGAGCUCAACCCUCAGUGGGGGGACGACACCGUGUUUGAGGAGGCAAGAGCUAUCAUCGCUGCCCAGAUGCAACAUAUAACUUAUAAGGAAUUUCUGCCUACAAUACUGGGAGCCCGGGUUGCCGAGGAGAAUGAGCUCAUCCCACUAGCGGCGGGCUUCUACCACAGCUAUGACAUCACCAUUGAACCUGGAGUGUUCAACUCUGUGGCCACGGCCGUGUUACAUCUGGUACUGACGCUGUUACCCGACCAGCUGCCCCUUGGUCGCCACAACAUCCCACUAGGCAUGACAGCCCUCAACAUGACCAUCCUCUACAAGGCUGGUGCCUAUGAGCAGCUCAUCAGUGGUCUGGUGUCCGCUAACUCUCUCACUUUCGACCCCGCCGUCAGUGCCUCCAUCAGGGGGUACCUGGGCGGACUGGACUUGGUUGCCCGGACGGUACAGAGUGGACGUGAUCACGGCCUACCGCCGUACGUGGUGUGGCGCCCCUUGUGUGGCCGGCGUCCUGCUCACAGCUUCGAAGACCUCACAGACACCAUGGAGGUGGAGCAUAUCGCCAGACUUCAGAUCAUCUUCGCCAACGUGGCCGACAUCGAUCUCUUCACCGGCAUCAUCUCAGAGCGACCUCAGGAUGGCGCCCUGGUGGGUCCUACGGCCUCUUGCCUCCUUGCCCUCCAGUUCAAGGUGUUGAGACAGACAGACAGGUACUGGUAUGAGAACGAUGUUCCUCCUGCCGCCUUUAGUAAAGAACAGCUUUUUGAAAUCAGGAAGACGUCCAUGGCGCGUCUGGUGUGUAACAACGUGCCUGGGCUGAGUAGUGUGCCCCGCUCUGCCUUCCUCGCUGGUGACCAGUUCCUGAAUGCCCCUGUAUCCUGCCGUGACCUGGACGACAUGGAUCUGGGCGUGUGGAAGACCCGCGGGAAGGUGGUGGUGGCUGAAGAUAUUUUACACAGUGUGGUGGAGAAAGGGAAACAGGUCGUGGAGAAGCGGAGACAGAUGGAGAAGCUUAUCUUCGAGAAAGGUCUGGUGGCAGGGUCCAAGUCACCGGUAGGCUCAGCAUACGCCAACAAUAAGCCUACCCCCACGUCCUUGAUCCAGGCCAACACGUCCGUGCUCCUCGAGGCCACCAGCCAGGAACUCAUCACCAUCAUGCACGACCGUAGAGUCCGUCGACAGAUUCAGGGACUCGGCAACGAGUUCGACUCGCUGGACCUUAACCUACCGUCCGUGGAUAUCUCUGGUCUGGUCCCUCCCGCCCCUCUGAUCCGUAAUUGUCGGGAGACGGAGGAACACAGGGCGUGUGACGCUAACAACCGUUUCAGAACUAUCAGUGGUCACUGUAACAACCUCAGACGUCCUGACUUUGGUCGUUCCAACACCGUAUUCGCCCGCAUGUUACCUGCUGGCUACGACGACGGCAUCUCAGAGCCACGCACUCGCUCUGUCUCGGGCAACGCCUUACCCUCCCCCCGCACCAUCUCCACCACCAUCCACAACGAUAUCUCUCACCUUCACGCUCGCUACACCCUCAUGGUGAUGCAGUUCGGACAGUUCCUUGACCACGACAUCACCUUCACACCCGUCAACAAGGGCUUCCAGAGUUCUAUCCUGGACUGCAGGGACUGUGAGGCACAACAGAGAGUCCAUCCAGAGUGUUGGCCCAUCCCCGUCCCUGACAACGAUCCUUUCUAUCCCGCCGUCAAUAUAUCCUCUGGGAGACCCUUCUGCAUUGCCUUCACCAGAUCACUACCGGGUCAACAAACUCUGGGAGCUCGAGAACAGAUCAAUCAAAACACCGCCUUCCUGGACGCCUCCCAGAUCUAUGGUCAGGAGCUGUGUGAGGCAAGAGAACUGAGAGACAGUCACUCUGGCUAUCUUAAUGCGACCAGACAUCCGAUCCGUGGCAAGCCCUUACUGCCCCAGGAGACGGGCAACCCAGAGUGUAAAGCAGACUCGGGUCGGUGCUUCAAGGCGGGUGACUCGAGGUCGUCUGAACAGCCCGGCCUGGCAGUGGUCCACACCAUCUGGAUGAGGGAACACAAUCGUAUAGCUGAUGGCCUGGCAGUGGUUAACCCACAUUGGGAUGACGAGCGAUUGUAUCAAGAAGCACGGAGGAUAGUGACGGGAGAAUGGCAACAUGUUGUGUACAAUGAGUUCCUGCCUCGAGUGUUGGGCUGGAACGCCAUGAGGCUGUACUCCCUCACACUAAAACCUGAAGGAUAUUACGGAGAGUACGACGGCAACUGUAACCCAGGAAUAUUGAAUGAGUUUGCCACUGCUGCCUUCCGCUUCGGUCACUCAUUGAUCAGACGGUCACUCCUCCGUAUGGACACCUCCUUCAGUGAGAACCAUGACGGCGUGGAACUCAGGAGGAGUUUCUUCAACCCUGAUAUGUUACUCGAGUUUCAGAUGAUUGAUGAACUGGUCCGGGGGUUGAUCUCUACACCUAUGGAGACGUUAGACAACUUUUUAACUGAGGAGAUAACGAAUCAUCUCUUCGAGGACGCUACCAUCCCUUUCUCGGGUCUCGAUCUCGCCGCCCUUAACAUACAACGAGGGCGAGAACACGGUAUCCGCUCUUACAACGAGUACCGAGCCAUCUGUAACCUCAAACGAGCUAGGACCUUCGCUGACCUGAGCAGAGAGAUUAAACCUGAACUGAUUGAGAAACUACAGCGGGUAUACAACAGCGUGGAGGACAUCGACCUCUUCACUGGUGGACUGUGUGAGACGCCACUACAGGGAGGCAUUAUCGGCCCGACCUUUGGCUGUAUCAUCGGGCUGCAGUUCUCUUUCUUGAGGAAAUGUGACAGAUUCUGGUAUGAGACGUCCAACCCCAGUCUCAAGUUUACCGAAGAACAGCUCGUUGACAUCCGCAAGGUGACGAUGGCUUCCCUCAUCUGCCAGAACUGUGACGUGGUCGAACACAUCCAGCGAGGAGUGUUUGACAUGCCCCACGACUUUCUGAACCCCCGGGUGCCAUGUGGGGCGGUGUCGAAUGUUAAUCUUCAACUGUGGCGUGACUCCAACACCUGCGUCAUAGGUAACCAAGCGGUGGGCAUUGGAGACACUCGCACACCCACACCUUGUACACUAUGCACCUGCACUUCUUCUGGGGCGCAGUGCCAGACCUUAAAAGUCAACUGUUUCGAACUGCGCUCAAGAUUUGGUCUGGAUGAUAUUUUACGAGAUAAUGUUUGUCGUGCGCAGUGUGGAAACAUCCUCGACCCAAACAGACCAGCACAACCAGCCCCUCCAGCGGCACCAGCACCACGACCACCUCCUGCUAAUGUAUUCAACGAAGGCCUCACCCCACCCCCACCUCCUCCACAACAACCCCCCCAGCAACCCCCACCACCACAGCCACUACCCCCACGAGCCCGACCUCCCCAACCAUCUGGCCCCGUGUUCCGGCCCCCUCCACCCCCACCUCCCCCUCAGGCUAAUCCCCUCCGUUUCCCCUUCCCAAUUCCCCCUUUCCUUAGGUCCCUCUUCAGCUAGAUCUCUUCUGCACGUUUUCCUAUUUCUCUCUAGGACUCUAAAUCUCUCCUAGGGACUUUAAAUACGACUUUUUUUUCACAGAUCAGGAAUAAGGUUUUACAGGCUUUACCCUACCCCAUGCAUUACAGGUCUUAACCUACUCCAUACAUUACAGGCUUUACCCUACCCCAUACAUUACAGGCUUUACCCUACCCCAUACAUUACAG